UGCUCCUCUCUGUAGGUCUCCUCACUUACUCCCAUCCAACCCCAUUCUCCCAUCCUUCAGUGAUCCCAGAAUAGCCUCUCACCGGAGCGCUCUCUAAAUAAUAGUGGGGAGUUUGGGAUUUCGGGGUGACGCCGGAGAUGGAUUAAAGGGACUGUGCACCGCAAAACUGGAGCAGCACGCACGACCACGCCGGGGAGGAAGGGGGCGUCGGGACUCGGUCAAUUCACGGAGCCCGCGGGAUAGAGGCUGUGACUGGUCCCACCCCAAGAUGACGUCCCCUAAAAACAAAGCCAAGAAGAAACCACCUAAAGACAGCAUGACACUGCUGCCAUGCUUUUAUUUUGUAGAGCUUCCCAUCGUCCUGUCCUCUUUGGUGUCCCUGUACUUCCUGGAGUUGACAGAUGUGUUGUCCCCGGCAAUGGUGGGCUACCGCUGCCAUGACCGCGACCUCUCCAUGCCCUACGUGGAGACGGGCGAUGAGCUCAUACCUCUGUUGAUGCUGCUGAGUUUGGCCUUCGCUGGUCCUGCAGCAUCUAUUAUGAUGGGGGAGGCCCUGAUGUACUGUAUGCAAUCCAAACUGAAGACAUGUCCCAAGUCAGAGAGCAGCAUCAAUGCUGGAGGCUGCAGCUUCAACUCCUUCCUACGCAGAACCGUGCGCUUCGUCGGUGUUCAUGUGUUCGGUCUCCUGGCAACAGCCCUGGUGACAGAUGUCAUCCAGUUAGCUACUGGUUACCACGCCCCUUUCUUCCUCACCGUCUGCCAGCCCAAUUACACGGCCCCGGGAGUGUCAUGUGACAACAAUGCCUACAUCACAAGGGACAUCUGCAUGGGGAAAGACCAGUAUGCCAUCAUGUCAGCUAGGAAAACAUUUCCAUCCCAGCAUGCAACGCUCUCUGGCUUCGCUGCGGUCUAUAUCUCCAUGUAUUUCAAUGCCAGCAUCAGCAGCACAACAAAGCUGCUGAAGCCGUUGCUGGUAUUUGCUUUUUGCAUGGCGGCAGGCCUCGCCGGGCUGACACAGAUAACUCAGCACCGCAGUCACCCAAUAGACGUCUACGUGGGAUACCUCAUAGGAGCCAGCAUUGGAGUCUACCUGGCUGUGUACGCAGUGGGAAACUUCAAAGCAUCAGAAGAAGAUGCUCACUCUUUACAAAGACUGACCCCGACUCAGCAGAAGGACGGCCUGAGGGUGCUGAGUCAGCGGAGUCAUGACUCUCUUUACAGGAAAACUCCCAGGGUGUCUGAGAGCAGAGAGGAGCUUGGGGUGGGGCUGGGGUCCGGGGCCCGCAGUAAGGUGAGGAGGGAAAAGGCCUCUCUGGCCUCCCUCAAACGUGCGAGUGCUGAUGUGGAGCUACUAGCAACCCGGGGUCCCAUGGGCAAGGAAACUAUGGUAACCUUCAGCAACACCUUGCCCCGAGUCGCAAACGGCAACAGCCCCAUCUCCCCCUCAGAUGAGCCAGCUACCACGCAGCGUCACAUGACCUUCCAUGUGCCCUUUGACCCCCAGAGGUCUCGGCAGCUGGUGUCAGAGUGGAAGCAGCGCUCACUGGAGAUCCGCAGCCAGAGCUCACGAGACGAGGAGGAGGAGGUAAUGGACGGGAGAGAUGGAGGAGAUGAAGGAGGAGCAGCAGCAGGAGAGGGAGGAGACCAGGAGAUGCCGUCCUCUCUUUAUCCCACAGUGCAAGCCAACAAGGGCAUUGCCACACCGACUGGGGCCAGGAUGGUGGUGGCACCGCCACUCGUUCACAUCCCUGAGGAGGCCUCUCGGCCGCCACCUGUCUCCCCCAAGAGUGCCAAGACCCGCGCCAAGUGGCUGUCUCUCACUGAGGGAGGAGGGGUGAAAGAGCCGGGAACAGGUCCCAUUGCAGUGUCAACUCCGCGUGUGCCCAACACGCAGCCCAACCAGCUACCCAGCCAGCAAAGAGUCACUCAGGUGAUCGCCAUGUCUAAGCAGCAGGGACAUGGACCCAUCACUUCAUCUACUAAAACAUCAGAAGGGGGCUCCUCAUCCGGCGGUGGGUCCAACUGUUCUGAGUCACCCUAUUACCGGAUCCCAUCUGAUCGAGACAGCUGCACUGGGAGCAACCCAGGCAGCAUCGCCGGAAGUGGGAGCAUAGUCACAAUCGACGCUCAUGCCCCUCAUCACCCGGUGGUGCGUGUGUCGGCCAAUAACGGGAAGCCGUGGGAGUGGAGAAACACCAUCAGCGGUAACAUGAUGGCUACUGACACAGCCGGGGACAAACAUCGCGUAGCCCUGCAGCGGCAGGACAAUGUUAGUCACUACCGGGAUUACCGGACACUCCCAGGGAAAACGGACUCGCUUUGCUCCUCCUCGGCCAGCGGCAGCGCCGAAGGAGGAGCGGAGCUACCUCCCCCACCUCUCCCCACUUCCUCCUCCCCUCUGCCUCCCCCUCCUCAACUGUUGUCAUCCCCUCUACCACCACCGCCUCCUCACUCGUCUUCUUCUCCUUUGCCUCCCCCUCCUCACCUGUCCUCUCAGAUGUCCCCACCACCUCUCCCAUCAUCCUCUCAAAUGCCCCCCCCUCCUCACCCAUCUUCUUCCCAAAUGCCCCCCCCUCCUCACCCAUCUUCUUCCCAAAUGCCCCCACCACCUCACCCAUCCUCCUGUCAAAUGCCUCCACCUCCUCACCCAUCCUCCUGUCAAAUGCCCCCACCUCCACAUCCAUCUUCUUCCCCUUUGCCACCUCCACCACAUCCCUCAUCCUCCAUGCAUCCUCCUCCCCACCCGUCCUGCUCCAGCAUGCUUCCCCCUCCUCCCCAUCCCGACUUACUGAUGGACAGCCACAGCCAGGCCCUGUCCCGGUCCUCCACCCUGCCUCGUCGCCCCUCUGUCUCCGCCCGCAGCCAUGCUGAGCAGGAGCACUACUACAAGGCCAUGCAGAAUGAAAGGAUGUUAUAGUGAAGGAGAAAGACAAUAGACAUCAUUGUCAUAUCAAUGAUUAUACUUAAAAAAAACUCAGUUAAAAGAGACAGUGAAACAAAGUAGGUUGUGGCAGGUGAAUCGCAAUUUAUGACUUUUGAAAAAAAUGACAAAGAGGAUUAGAGACUCAGUCAAAAUGCUGGAAAUGAAGAGACAGCAGGGGUGCAGGACCGUGGGGCGGUCUGGCUGCUCACACACACUCAGCAGGGGAUCUGGUUUUUCUCGGCUCACAUGUACUGCCCACAGCGCCGGCUCAACAGCCCUGAGUGGAAGAAUAACAGUCAAGGGAAGAAAGGGACGAGGAAAGAGAGCAGGGUGAAGAUUAAAAACCCUAGUUUCAGCAUGCACAUCCUGUGUGUUUCUUUAAGACACAUUCAAAGAAGGAAUGGAAGAGGCUGCAGCUGAAAGAGAGAUAUCACAAUGAACACUGGGAUUUGCUAAAUCAAGUUUCCCUGGAGAGAUGGGAUAAGACUGAGAAAACAAAACAACUACAGGCAAUACUAGCUCUCCUUAAACUAGCGCAGCUGUUUGAGGUUGCCAACCAUUACACACAGAGAAUUUGCCAUUGUAACCAGCUGAGAAACUUAAACACACCCAAAAGCUAUGAAUAAAAAAAAGGUUUAACCAGAGGUUCAAGAGUAUUAGCCACAACCCACAGAGCAUGAGAGUCUUUUUACCCCUCUGAAUAAACAAACCAAAUGGGGAAUUUUAUUUUUGACGCCAAGCAAAUCUGUCAGUAUUCACCAGAGAGAGCCAGCUUAGGAAGUGUUACUUCUGGAUGGUGUGUGAGAAGGAGGAGGAGGGGAGGGUAUAAGGAGGAUCACGCAUAGUCGGGUAGCCCUAUACAGACGUCACUGAAUGGAUUACUGUUGUAAACAUGAGAAGCGAUGGAAAGGAAAGAGAAUUGUUUCUCAAAUGAAGAGGGUGGCUGGGCCGCACAGCACAGCGAGCCAGGCAGCCAGUCUGUCUUAGCUGUGUGCAAAACUUGAUGCAGAGCCUGAAGCAGCACUAAGGAGAUUAACGUUUGUUUAUCAAACCAUGCUAGCACUCUCUUCCCUCCGUAGUCCUUUACAUUUGGCCCUUCUGGCAAAUCACAAUGGUGACAGGAAUGUUAAUGCAAAGCUGCCCAGCCAGCCGUGCAGCCCGCCAUCCCCACCAACAUGGACAUUGGCUGAAGCAGGUGUUGCUUGGAUGCGGCUAACCGGCUUGUGUUGCUGGCAAUCUCUCUUUAUACCUGUUACCAUUUGAAAGGUGUUGGUACCACUUUCUAACUAUGCACUUCAUACAUUUAUCAUAAGUUGUUUCUUGAUUAAUGAUAAUUUAUUUAUGCUUUACAGAUCAGAAAUAAGACAUUCUUUAGAGAAACGUUUGGGUUGUCAGGUUGUAAAACAUCUUUAAUUAGUGUAUGUCUUUUUAUCAAGCUGUUUUAUUUUUCAGUAAGCCCCCUGGAGGAAGACUACUAUUUACAAUAUUAAUUCCAGUCUUACAAUUCUGUAUUCAUCCAUCCUUCUUUACCCCUUUAUACUUUAUCUUUUUUCAGUCUAUCACAGGGAUACCCUUACUUAAGUAUGCCUUAUUAGAAAGUGAUACCAAGAUGUUUUGUCCCUCUGUGAUAUGAAAUAAAUUCCUAAUUUGUUGAGCAGCCAACACCAUGAGCCAGCAAAGGUUUUAAAAAAUGUCAAGAAAUCAAUCUCAUGUUCAAAUAAACCAUGGACAAAUUACAUCUGCUGAUGAAGACCAUGUAAUGUGGUCAAAUGGUCCAGAACAAGCAAAAGUAAAUACACUUCCAAUUGAGACUGUUUUUUAUCAGCUGCCACUUUUAGACGAAACAAUUAGUUAUUAAUCGUAGAAAUAAUCUCAUUAUUAAUCAAUUAUGACAAUAAUCAGUAGUUGCAGCCCUAAGAAAUACGCUUUGAAUCGACAUCUACGAGUUGAGAGGAAGUGCGUGUUCUUCCUGCUCACCCCUGCCUCUUGUGCGUAUUUAUAUUAUGUUGUAUAAAGUCUUUAUCUGGUACCUAUCAUUUCAUACAUCCAAGUUUUUUCUAACCAUGAGAAGAUAUUCCGUCAAAUGAUAAGUGCUUUAUUUUAGAUCGUACUUUGAUCAUAUUUUAAUGAAAGACAGACUCACAAACACACAGAUGAAAAAGUGGGGUUUCACCCAUGCACCAUAACAUCUGAAGGCUACAUGAACUGAUUUUGUAAAGUUGUGCUAGCAAGGGGUGGGUUAAAUGGAACAAGUUGUAUUUUGUAGUGGAGCUCCUCAGACGUGGAGCUGGUAGAUAAUGUUGCUUGUUGGUUUGUGCUGCAUGUGUGUACGAGCGUGUUUUUUAACUUCUGUGCUUCAAGUCUGCACCGUUACUUUUGACAGACAGACAUGCUGCAUUUUUCAGUGCUGGUGAUUAUCGUACUACUUUCCCCUAUUUUGACUGUAAAAAUACUUGAUAUUACCUAAUAUUAUUAAUACUAUUAUUAUUCCACAGUCCUUUUUUAUGGGCUAAUGUUUUCUA